AUGCAAUUCUCCAGCUCCAUCCUCGCUUUCUCCCUCCUUGCCCUUGUGGCUUCUUCCCCUCUUCCUAAGAAGGAGAAGGCCGCGGCCACUGAUGCUACUGCCGCCGCCGCCGGAGGAGAUGUCCUCACUGCUUCCGCCUACAACGACUUCCAGAUCUCUGGCCCAACAGCCGGAGACGCCGAGUCCAAGGCAAACGCCCUCUUCGCCAAGAUCGACAUGAACAACCUCGCUGCCGUCUCAGCCAACGACCUCAAGGUCAUCAAGGGUGUCCAUGAUGCUGCUGAGGAUGCGGAGGUCCAGGCUUUCAACCCUGCUAUUGAGGCGGCGAGUGGAGAUGCUGCUACUGCGCUCCAGAACGGCAAGAUAGAGAACAAGGUCCUCAAGCUCACCGCAGAGGUCCUCGGUAUUCAAGUCGAGGCUGCCCAGGGAGGCGAUGAUAGCGAUCUUGCCGCUGAGCAGACCAAGCUCGCAAAGAACAUUAAGCUUGACACCGCCGCGGCCGGACAGGCUUCGACUCCUGUUUCUUUUGACGCAACUUCUUAG